AUGCGCUUGAUUCCCUUCAUACUGCUCCUCACGGUAAGCAUUGCAUCCACCGGUGUCUUUGCUCCGAAGCCGACACCGCCGCAAUGCCAAGCGGCUGGCUGUCCGCUGGAUCCUUGCAACUGCAUAGGAGAAUGCCCCUGUUUUGAAAUCGGUGGCCCUGGUGAUCCAGGCGGCCCCACUGAGCUAGACCUUCUUCAAAAACGCUUGAACAGUGGAGGGCCGAGUGCUCUUGCAAAGAGAAAACUCACAGAGGACCAAUGCGACCUCAUCGCGUGUCAGGAUCCGUCAUGUAACUGCGUGGGCAGCUGCCCCUGCUUCCCAGGACCUCCACACCAUGAUCACCCAAAGCCAGGACAUCCGGGCAAAAGGUCGACCGUCGCCUUGCCGGGAGAUGGUCAGCUUUGGGCAGGAGCUCUUACGAAAAGGAAAUCAGUGGAUGCAUGCAGUGGCAUUGGCUGUCAGGACCCGGAAUGCAACUGCACGGCCUCCUGCCCUUGCAUUGGCGACCCUAACGACCCUGGGGAUCCAGGGAACCCAGGCUCUGGCAAAAGACAAGUUGGUGCACCUUCUGACAUUUUCGACACGUCGCUCAAUCGCCGAGAGGUCUUGCAAGAGCGCGCUUUGACGCUUGAUGGAGCGCAGCUGCUCAGGAACAGGGAGAACGCGGGUGUAGAUGCGGCUUGCGGCACGAUGGUCUGGUCGCAUCCAUACUGCCCACCGUACUGCGCCGGAAAGGGCGGUUGUCCGUCUUUUGCUUCUCCAGUUCAUCCUCCGAAGCGGAGCAACCUCGUUGCGGGCACGAGCGAGACGGUGCCAUCGGUACUUGAUCGGCGCGUCAACAAACUCGAGGUUAGACAGGCCCACCAGGGAGAGACGCCUUGCGGCUAUAAAAGCCCAUAUUUGAAAGAGACCUAUUGUCCAGCGCAUUGCGCCGGCCAAGGGGGCUGUCCUGGCCACGGCAAGCGGAGCGCUCUGCCUACUGGCACAGGCGAGACGAUGCCUUCGGUACUCGACCGGCGCGCCAACAACCUCGAGGGCAGACAGGCCAGCCAGGGAGAGGUGGCUUGCGGCUUUGUGUAUUGGGGCAAACCCUAUUGUCCAUCGCAUUGCGCCGGCCAAGGGGGCUGCCCUGGCCACGCCAAGCGGAGUGCUCUCCCUACUGGCACAAGCGAGACGAUACGAUUGGUACUCGAUCGGCGCGUCAACGAGAUGAGACAGGCCAGCCAGGGAGAGGUGGCUUGCGGCUCUGUAGGCGGGCUCUACAACCAGCCUUAUUGCCCACCGCAGUGCGCCGGCCAAGGUGGCUGUCCUGGCCACGGCAAGCGAAGUGCUCUGCCGGGCGAAGAACAGGCGCCACCCAUCGAACGCGCUGACCAGCUUGAGCGUAGGAUCAAGAAACCGGAGGAGCCGUCCUGCGGAUAUGCUUUCUCCAAAGGCCCAUACUGUCCACCACAUUGCCACGGCCAGGGCGGUUGUCCACCUCACGGAGGCAACGUUCCAUCGGUGCAGUCCAGAGACCAGGCGCUUAUCGUCGAACCUCGCAAGUAUAAAAUACCGGUGGAGGAACCUUGCGGGGGUGGUAUUGGAUAUUGCCCACCGGACCACCGCCCUGCGGCUUUCCUCUCUCCGGUGGGCCCUAUUGCCCUGGUCACUGUGCCGGACAGGGCGGCUGUCCUAAUCACGGCAAGCGAAGCGCUCUAUCUUCGACCCUAA